GAUCACAUACACAAUGGUGAAGGCUGUAGCUAUGCUUACCGGCAGCGAGGGUGUCAAGGGCACCAUCUUCUUCACCCAGGAGGGAGAUGGCCCGACCACUGUGACGGCAAGUGUCACCGGACUCAAGGAAGGGCUCCAUGGCUUCCAUGUGCACGCUCUUGGUGACACCACCAACGGCUGCAUGUCAACUGGUACCUACAUUUCUGUUCCCCUUCCAGCACAGAUGAAAUGGACUGUGUGUGCUUAUUGGUGUGGUCGAUUUCCUUUGUAGGACCGCACUUCAACCCCACUGGUCAUGUGCAUGGGGCACCCGAAGAUGAAAUCCGCCAUGCUGGUGACCUCGGAAAUGUGACAGCUGGAGCGGAUGGUGUUGCUAACAUCAAUGUUACUGACUGCCAUAUCCCCCUUGCUGGACCACAUUCAAUCAUUGGCCGUGUUGUUGUCGUCCAUGGUGAUGCUGAUGAUCUUGGCAAGGGUAAUACUUUGGAAACACUUGAAUCAUACAUUUUUGUGCCUCCCUGUGCAUGAUUGUUUGUCAAACUU